AUGUCUGAGAUUAUCAUCAAAGAUGAAGAUUUGACCAGCCUCAAAGGCAAGGUUGUUAUUGUCACAGGCGGUUCUUCAGGAAUUGGUUUAGCAACCGUCAACCUCUUGUUGGAAUUAGGUGCAUCGGUUGUCAGCGCCGAUAUCAAUUCACCACCAGAGCAGAUCUCAAACCCUGCUUUCCUAUUCGUUCAAACCAACGUGGCUAAAUGGGCUGAGCUUGCUGCUCUUUUCAAGAAAGCCAAGGAACACAAUGGUCGUAUCGACUAUGUCUUUGCUAAUGCUGGUAUCGGCCCUCGAGGCAAUUACUUGGUCCUGCAAUCAGAUGAAAGCGGAGAUCUUCAAGAACCAGUCCAUGAAACUGUUGAGGUGAAUUUCAAGAGUGUGGUCAAUACUGCUUGCCUUGGUAUUCAUUACCUAAAACAGAACUCCGAGGGUGGUAACAUUGUUCUCAUGGGAUCCAGCACCGGUUUACAGCCAUUGAGAGCUCCUGAUUACUCAUGCGCCAAGGCCGGUGUUCUAGGUUUCGGAAGAUCAAUCCAACGUACCAUCAAAGCUGCGGGUCUCCCCAUUCGCGUCAACACUCUCGCUCCAUCCUGGACUUCCACUCAAGUCCUCCCAGAUCUGGAUGGACUCAUGGCAGCCAUCUCUCACAAGGCUCAAUCUACCUUGGUAGUUGCGCGCUCUGUUGCAUACUUGAUGGCGACUACCACCAGAGAGGGAGAGAUGCUUUACGUAUCCGAUGGAAAGUAUACGGAAAUUGAGCAAGCCGUGCUUGCACCUGCUUAUGCAGCCAUUAAAGGAGAUGGACCUAGCGAUGACGAAAUUUUGGAGCGUAUUUUGGCAUUGGGUGCAUAG